GCCGCGCCGUACAGUGAAUACAGUGGUCUCUUGCCUACAAUUUGUGUACUUGUAAUUGGAUUUAUACCUCUCCAGUAGCAAAACGUUAUCGUCGUCGAAUAUCCUUUGAGACUAUUUAAAAAUUGUGUUCGGAAAACUCAAAUAAAAUGAAACGUUUUUGUGCGGUUUUCCUUGUUUUGGUUGCAGCUGGCUUAGCAGCAGCACGUCCAGAGCCACCACGUGACAGCUACAGUGCCCCACCACCCAGCAGUUAUCAACCAUCGGCGCCUAGUGGCGGCUAUGGACCACCACCGGUUUAUGGUCCACCACAGCAGCCGCCUGUGGUGCAUAAGCAUGUGUAUGUGCAUGUGCCACCACCAGAGCCAGAAUAUCAGCCACCAAGAAAACCCAUUGUCUUCCCACCACCACAAAAGCACUACAAAAUCGUCUUCAUUAAAGCGCCAUCACCACCUGCACCAACAGCGCCUGUCAUACCAGUGUUGCCACAAAACGAAGAAAAGACACUGGUCUAUGUGUUGGUGAAGAAACCCGAAGAACAACCCGAUAUUGUCAUUCCCACACCAGCACCAACACAACCCAGCAAACCCGAAGUAUACUUCAUCCGUUACAAGACACAAAAGGAAGAGACCGGUCCAUAUCCCAACAGUAUUGCGCCACCACCAUCUGGCGAUUAUGGUGCACCAGCUCCACCGUCGGCACCAUCAGCACCCAGCUCAUCAUAUGGUGCACCAUCGCAUUAAAUAUGAGAGUUGGCAGUGAAGGUGAAAGGUGGUAAGAAAAGGAACGAAAAGGAAUUAUGAAACGAAGCGAUCCAAAGCAUUUUUUUGUUAAUACUAAGAAUGAAGAAUGAUGAUUUUUAGGGGGUGUUAGUUAGUAAUAAAAGAAUUUAGAGGGGAAAAGUUAAAAUCUUUUGUUUUUGACGAUAAAGUGGCGAAUAUGAUCGCAGAUUGUCCAUUGAGUAGCGUGCGGCAGUGUUGUUGCGUAAAAAGCAAUUGCUUUCAAAAGUAGAAAUUUUUGAAAUUAAAAUUCAUUUUCACAUAUAUUUUUUUGUAGUCUACUUUACCGCGCCUGAACUACCUAACAGUUAAGUUUUAUUAUUGGAUUUUAAUACAAUUUCUCUCUAUUGUUGUUGUACUAUUCGUAUAUUGACUAACAUACGCUACGAUUUAUAUAUGUACUCAUUCUUAUUACGAUUAAUUAAUUCAUUAAUUUUUAACUAAGCAAAUUGAAAAGCGAAAAAAAAUCAUUUUUUUUAACGUGUGACAACCAACAACGCCUCGAAAUACCAGUUUAACUGGUCCGAAUUCAUAGUUUUUAUUUACAAACUGCAAAGCUAACGAGCUGAAAAGCUUUAAAGCUCUAAAGACUUGAAUUAUUUUGCUUGAAAUAUUUUUUUUGUUAUUUUUCCUAGCAAAUACUCGUGAAAUGGCAUACAGUUUUGUUGUUUCUCUUAGCCUAAGCGUUGACGAAGUGUGUAGCAUGCUUGCGCUCUUUACCUAAGCCGCCUCUCUACUUACUGCUCUACUCUCUAGCUCUACCCAGCGGCCUCCUGCACGCAUGCGCAUUUUGUCAGCGCUGUUUGGCUGUUUGUUUCAUAAAGUUAUAUCGUUAGUUUUAAAUGUAUGCGUUAUACAAACCAAAAAAAAUUUAAAUAUAUAUAUUCAUUCUUUUUGUUCUCUUAGUUUUAAUUACACUCAUACACUCACAUAAAUUUGUUAAUAAUUUUUAUUUCAUUUUAUUUCAAACAACAAUCGCAUAGUAGUUUUGUUUUUUUUUUUUAAGCAUUUCAAUUUAACACUCCGAUAUUCGUUCUUGUUUGUAUGUAUAUGCAAUACUCUUUAUAAAAAUACAUACUUAUAUUAUAUAUGUAAGUGUUGUAAGUCGAUAAUUAACAUACUAUUACGAAGAUGUAAAGGAAAUGUAAUGAUGAUGAUGGAUUUAAUAAAGAUCUUUUUAUAAAUAACAGUAA